GGAAGCGGCAGGGGCUGCGUGGCUAUCUCUGGUGCCUGCCAUGUUUGACUGGGUUCCAGCCCCACUUGCUUCCCUGUCUGAUGCGGAAACUGAGGCAAAGAGCUGGACAGUGAUUCAGACACCAGACAGGCACUAGACAGGAGCCUGCAGGGGUCUCCACAGAGGCCAUAAGGAUGUCAUAUUUUGGGGAGCAUUUUUGGGGUGAGAAGAACCAGGGCUUUGAGGUUCUGUACCACAGCGUGAAGCAGGGGCCCAUCUCCACCAAGGAGCUGGUGGACUUCAUCCGGGAGAGGGCCACUAUUGAGGAGACCUACUCGAAGGCAAUGGCGAAACUUUCCAAGCUGGCCAGCAAUGGGACUCCCGUGGGGACCUUCGCUCCACUCUGGGAGGUCUUCCGUGUCUCCUCGGACAAGCUGGCACUCUGCCACCUGGAGCUAACACGGAAGCUGCAGGAUCUCAUCAAGGACAUGCUCCGUUACAGUGAGGAGCAGCUCAAGAUGCACAAGAAGUGCAAAGAGGAAGCAGUGAGCACCCUGGAUGCCGUGCAGGCCCUUGCAGGCGUCAGCCAGCUCCUGCCCAAGUCCCGUGAGAACUACCUGAACCGGUGCAUGGACCAAGAGCGGCUGCGCAGGGAGAACACCAGCCAGAAAGAGAUGGACAAGGCAGAGACCAAGACCAAGAAGGCAGCGGAGAGCCUGCGGCGCUCAGUGGAGAAGUAUAACUCAGCCCGCGCUGACUUCGAGCAGAAGAUGCUGGACUCAGCUCUACGCUUCCAAGCCAUGGAGGAGACCCACCUGCGGCACAUGAAGGCACUGCUGGGCUCCUAUGCCCACUCAGUGGAGGACACUCAUGUGCAGAUUGGGCAGGUUCAUGAAGAGUUUAAGCAAAACAUAGAGAACAUCAGUGUGGAGAUGCUGCUGAGAAAAUUUGCAGAGAGCAAGGGCACGGGCCGGGAGAAGCCUGGGCCUUUGGACUUUGAGGCGUAUAGCACAGCUGCCCUGCAGGAAGCAAUGAAACGUUUGCGGGGAGCCAAGGCCUUUCGCCUUCCAGGACUGAGCCGGCGGGAGCGGGAGCCACCUGCAGCUGUAGAUUCUUUGGAGCCUGAUUUAGGGGCAUGUCCAGAGGUGGAUGAAGAAGGUUUCACUGUCCGACCUGAUGUGACCCAGAACAGCACUGCCGAGCCCUCCCGCUUCUCGUCCAGUGACUCCGACUUUGAUGAUGAGGAGCCCCGCAAGUUUUAUGUGCACAUCAAGCCUGCCCCAGCCCGGGCUCCAGCCUGUAGCCCCGAGGCAGCCGUCGCACAGCUCAGGGCCACAGCUGGCAGCCUCAUCCUCCCUCCUGGCCCAGGGGGCACGAUGAAACGCCAUUCUUCACGGGAUACUGCUGGGAAACCACAGAGGCCUCGAUCUGCCCCGAGGGCUAGCAGCUGUGCAGAGAAACUGCAAUCAGAUGAGCAGGUUUCCAAGAACCUCUUUGGGCCGCCCCUAGAGUCCACCUUUGACCACGAAGAUUUUACAGGCUCCAGUAGUCUUGGCUUCACCUCCAGCCCCUCACCUUUCUCCUCCUCCUCGCCCGAAAAUGUGGAGGACUCUGGCCUGGACUCGCCAUCCCAUGCAGCACCUGGUCCCUCCCCAGAUUCCUGGGUCCUCCGCCCGGGAACCCCACAAAGCCCACCUAUCUGUAGGGCACAGCCGCUGGAGUUAAGGGGGAUACGGCCCCAGGUGCCAUCGGACUCAGAUGCGCCACAGCCCCUCGCAUUAUCUCCAGGCCCCUGGGGGCUGGAGGCUGUGGCUGGAGGAGACCUGAUGCCCGUACCUGCCGACCUUACAGCCAGGGAGGGCCUGGCAGCCCCACCCCGGAGACCCCGCUCCAGAAAAGUGUCCUGCCCCCUCACUCGCAGCAACGGGGACCUGUCUCGUUCCCUGAGCCCCUCCCCGCUGGGCUCUUCAGCUCCCAACACCAUCCCGGAACGUUCCAGCUUCUCAUCCCAGAUAGGACACGGUACAGGAGUCUCCCGGGGCCCAAGCCCUGUGGUCCUGGGCUUCCAGGAUUCCCUGCCUGUGGCCACCGCCUUCACUGAGUAUGUCCAUGCCUACUUUCGUGGCCACAGCCAUAGCUGCCUGGCUCGAAUAACUGGGGAGCUGACCAUGACCUUCCCAGCUGGCAUCGUGCGUGUAUUCAGCGGGACCCCACCCCCACCUGUGCUCAGCUUCCGCCUUGUGCACACAGCCCCUAUUGAGCACUUCCAGCCCAAUGCUGACCUGCUCUUCAGUGACCCCUCCCAGAGCGAUCCUGAGACCAAAGACUUCUGGCUCAACAUGGUGGCCCUGACUGAGACCCUGCAGCGCCAGGCAGAGCAGAAUCCAGCUGCCUCCUACUACAACGUAUUGUUGCUGCGGUACCAGUUCUCCCGCCCGGGUUCCCAGUCUGUGCCUCUACAGCUGAGCGCCCACUGGCAGUGCGGGGCGACCCUCACUCAGGUCUCGGUAGAGUACAGCUACCGGCCGGGUGCCACAGCUGUGCCCACGCCACUCACCAAUGUCCAGAUCCUGCUGCCUGUUGGGGAGCCUGUGACCAACGUCCGCCUGCAGCCGGCUGCCACCUGGAACCUGGAAGAGAAGCGGCUCCUAUGGAAGCUUCCGGAUGUGUCUGAGGCAGGGGGCUCUGGCCACCUGUCUGCCAGCUGGGAGCCAUGCUCAGGACCCAGCACGCCCAGUCCUGUGGCUGCUCAGUUCACCAGUGAGGGGGCUACUCUGUCCGGCGUGGACCUGGAGCUGGUGGGCAGUGGUUACCGCAUGUCACUGGUAAAGAGAAGGUUCGCCACAGGGAUGUACUUGGUGAGCUGCUGAGCCUGGGAGGCUGCCCAGCUCACCAGCCGCAGCUCUGCACUGAGUCCUGGUGCUCGCCAACUGCUCCCCGCCUGCCUGCCUGCCUGUCGGACCCUGGAGUCCCCACCUGGCCUUCCCUGAGGCCCCAACUCUGUGGAGAGGAGCUCCACGCCCAACCUGGAUGAGUCUGAGAUUCAAUCCUGCUCACGCCAACGCCCACACAAGUCCUCAGACUUUUAAUGUUCUUUGAAUAAACACUUUAUUUUCUAAUAAAAUAACUUUUUCCUG